CAAACCACUGCAUCAUCAUCACAAGGGCACGGAUAGUAAGGGGCGAUGCCAGGUGAUCAACGCGGCGAUGCGCCGCCUGGCCGGCGUGCACCACCAAAGGGCGAUCCAAACAGCAGGCUGCUGUCCCCCUCUGUUGCUCCCUCGUCUUCGGCCUCGUCCGUCUACAGCGCCUCGCCAAGCAGCCGGCCCGUGUCGAUGCUGUCGCCGGCCCGUGCAGCGACCCCGUCCUCGUCGCACGCUACUGUUUCCUUUGUUGGCUCCCACCGCACCCAGAUCGAUGAUCGUCCCUCCCUUUCGCCGUCCAACUCCAAUGCGACGACGACGGGACCGGGAGCGGCCAUGUCGAGGCUUAAGAGGGUGGCGAGCAACGCGUCGGUGGCGAGCCUCAUUGCUCAGCGCAAGCAAACACCUCUCGGCGGCGGUGGCGGCGGCGAUGGCAGCAGCAGCAGAGCUGUGUCGGUGAUCGAGUCGCCUUCUCCAAAGCCCCAGCAAGAGCAAGAAGAAGUAGAGGCCCCAAAGCAUUUAGAGCCAGGGACUGGCCAGGAUGAAGAACAUAACGGCGGACAAGGGUUGACCGUAAAGAGGCGAAGACCUGGGGAGGCACAAGCGAGCGUGAACAAGGCAGCGAGGAGGAGGACCUGGUUUGGGUUCGCACCGAUGGAGUCUGACAAUGCCGACUCUUCGACAGAACCGGGGCAGCAGAGUCAAGGGACGGAAUCGGAGGCCAAGGCGCCGUCAGCGGCAGAGGAGGCCAUGCCGCCUGCAGAAGAAGAGGCACAAGCAUCGUCAUCACGUCAGCCGACAGAGGAUGCUCUUGACGAGCAUCAGCAAGGCACACUCAAAGCGACUGCUGAAGCAAGCAGGCCGCCAGCACGAGGGUGGAUACCUUGGCGCGGCCCGACGUCAGCACCGCAAGCUCCCAGGGAGGACAGCAUGCAGACAACCCCCCCUCCAACUCCUGCCAACCAACUACAAGGGUCACAGAACGGGCUGCCACUAGAUGGAAAGAGUGGGAGUCCUUCAGAGCCAUCUGCUGCGCCAGUACCUCCGCCAAACGCUGCAGAGCCUGCGCUUGCUUCCUACACUGGCACCAUUCGGCGUCUUUGGAGUGGCGCAGAGGGAGUGGCGUCCUCGUCAGGUCUCGGCUGGCCUGCAUGGGGUAGAGGUGCUGACGCACAAGCGAACGGCGAUGCGAUGGACACAUCGGCAGAUGGAGUGCCCACAAGUGGACCCGAUCAACAGCCGCAAUUAGCCAAUCAAGGAGAGGCAGUCAGCGGGGAAGCAGCUAGCAAAGAUGUCGAAAUGGCCGAGCCGCCACCCAAAGACUCAUUCGUCUACCGCUGGCUCCCUUCAUGGGGCUCGAGACCGCCUACUUCAGCCGAAGAGGGCCAGAAGGCAGGGGAGACCGAAGCGAAGCAAGUAGUGGGAGAUGGCCCAGAAGAGGAGCCGCGUCCGACAGCAAAGACGCCUGCCGAGCAAGUCAAGGAAGAGGCCCUGUCGAGAAUGUCGGCCACUGGCAGUGGGGGCACGUUAAGCGCGCGCGAGGCAGUCUUGAAUCCAGCAACGAGGUCGAUGUGGGUGAACUACUUUGGAAGUCGAGCUGCAAGGCCCCCGCCCAGGCUCGAAUCAGGCCACGAAGGCCCCGAGGUGAUGAAGAUCGAUCUACCCAGCGUCGAACCUCCGCGAGAGUCGAAGAAAGAGGAGCUCAUUUUCCAGCGGCAGACCAAAGCUGACAUCUCUCGUGAGGUCAGCCCGAAGGCUUCCUCGUCGAAUCUCAAAGCUUUGGCCGCUCUGAAGACGACCAAGGAGCCGGCGCCUGCAGGCAAAGAUCAAAAGCAGAAUGGCACCUCUGACUCGGACGCAGAGCGUCUUCCGGUCAACAAGCCAGAUCCAGCGGCUCCCACAUCACGCCCAAGCACGCCUCUGACGGGGAACAAAGACCUGGCUCGAAAGGUGACGAAGGCGGCCGCCGCUACCGCUGCCGCUAACAAGCAGCGCGACCCGUCCUCGUCGUCACAACAGCCGCCAAAGCCCAAGCAGCCACCACCGCCUAAUCUCAUUCUGCCUACGUUUGAGGACGUCUUCACCCGUCCGCCAAGGAGCCUGCCACCCUCCGUUGGCGUGUUGGAAAGGACGCUGUCGGCUGUCAAUUCGUACCUCUUCAGCACUCCACCUGAUCCGAACCGGAUUCGCACCAAGCCGGCACACUCGCGACACAGGAAAGUGUCGCUGCUUAGUCUCGGUGGUCGCAGUGCGAUCGAUGGAGGCAACGCCAAUGGUCGGGUAGGGGAAGAGGCCCACGAGUACGCCAUGGCAGAGGAAGCUGAGCAGAGGCUGCCGAGGCUGUGGAGCGUAAUGGGUGACAAGGAGAGGGCAUCCACCCGAGGCUGUCGAGGUGUCCACAAGGUCGCCGUAAUUGGUGUGCACGGGUGGUUCAGCAAGGGGCCGCUACGCAAUGUCUUUGGGGAGCCAACGGGGACGUCGACAAAGUUCUCGAGCAUGAUGGCCGCGGCAGUGCACAAACACUUCCGGGACGCAGGGGCCGUUCUCAAAGACGAGGACAUCUCCGUCAUUGCCCUCGAAGGUGACGGAAGAGUGUCGGAGCGAGUUGACAAGCUUUUUGCGGCCCUCCUCGGAAACCAGAAACACGUCCAGGCUAUUGCCGAGGCCGAUGCUCUCUUCGUCGCGGCCCACUCGCAAGGGUCCAUCGUGGCCACCCACCUCCUGGCUAGGCUCAUCGAGCAAGGACACGUCAACGCCCGCAAGACCAGGACGGCCCUCUUGGCCAUGUGCGGCAUCCACCACGGGCCUUUUCCCCACCUGAGCACGAACACCAUCUCAUCGUACUACCUCAACACGUUUGAGACGCCGGCUGCCAAGGAGCUGUUUGAGUUCCAGACCAGCUCGACGUCCGUGUCGCAACAGUACCAGGCUGCGCUCAAGAUCAUCAUCGGCGCUGGCGUCAAGCUCAUCUAUGUUGCCUCACUAGACGACCAAGUUGUCCCGCUCUACUCGGCACUGCAUUCGUCGGUCUCGCAUCCCUCCAUUCUGCGCGCUCUUUACUGCGACGGUCAAGCAUUCCCUCGCGUCGACUUCCUGACCAACCUCUUGUCGUUUUGCGUCGCUGUCCGAAAUGCCGGCUUGACAGAUCACGGCCUUCUCACCCUCCUCUCUGCCUCGGUCGCCGGCAGUCUCUACGGAGGCCUGGGGCAUUCGCUCGUUUAUGAAGAAGCUAACACCUACUCGCUCGCUGUCCGAUAUCUCUUCGAGGUCACUUCUCCGCGAGCCGAGCCCUGCACCAAGUCCAGCGAGGGCGGCCCACCUGCGAUCCGGGCCGAGUCGUUUGAGGCACAGCGCUGGAACCCUUAUGCCCUGCCCUGGUCCCUCCGAGGCCUCUUGGAGGAUCCCCAGGUCAGAGAUAUCUUCGGACAAGACAUCGAAAAGCUCCUUCACGACUACACUGAGUGGCAGCCGUCGACAAAGACGCUCAAGGACGUGCAAUUCCGUCUCGAGCCGAUGCGUCUCGUCCAGCAGCGGCGGGGGACCACGACAAGAGAGCACACCAGCGCGAGCGGCACCUCUACUCCUUCCUCGUCUAAGCUCUAAUCAACAUCCUUGGUCCUCUUUUCUCUCCUCGUCAAUACCCCAGCGCCUUUGUAUCACAAUUUUCUCUUUUUUUUUUCUCAUUUUCAAUGCGGAUU